AUGGAACCAAUACAAAGCUCCUCUCAUUUCUAUCUUGAAAACCCCCAAAACCCAGUUUUCGACGACGAAUGGGAGCCGCUGUUCCAGAAACCCUUAACACCGAGCGACGUCGGCAAGCUGAACCGGCUUGUUAUCCCCAAAAACCACGCGGAGAAGUACUUCCCACUCGGCGGCGGUGACUCGGGUGGGUUGCUAAUGAGUUUCGAGGACGAGUCGUGCAAGCGUUGGAGCUUCCGUUACUCCUACUGGAACAGUAGCCAAAGCUACGUGUUGACCAAAGGCUGGAGCAGAUACGUCAAAGAGAAGAAACUCCAUGCUGGUGACAUUGUUUUGUUUCAACGACACCGUCCGGAUUUUGGUCGGUUAUUUAUAGGGUGGAACAGGCGCAGUGCUGCAGCGGAGGAGGAUGGCGGCAGUGCCGGUGGCAAUGAGCGGUGGGGUACUUGGGGAUUAGGCCAUCCUUAUCUUGAGGCUCAUGUACCAUACCAACCCGGCUGUCUUCAUGCAGGUAUGUUAUAUACAUUAGAUAUAUUUUUUUCAGAUGGGAACCCAAAGAGGCUGCUACGGCUAUUCGGGGUGGACGUUGAGUGCCAACUCGAUGUCUCCGAACCAUCCACGCCAGAAAGCUCGUCGGUGUCAAGUCAAUGUCAGUCCACCCACCUGUUUUACUCUCACUCCUAA